CCGCCGACGACGGACGCGCCGCGCGACCAGUGACCGGUAAACUGCGAGAAAAGUCCCGAGAACUGUGUGGUAUACGGUUUCACGCGCGGCACACGUGUUCGUCCGCGUCCGUUACGCGAUCCCGGACUGUUCGGGAUUAACGUCAAAUAUAAUACGAUAUGAAACAUUCACGAUAAUAUUGUAAAUAAACGCGCGCGAACGAUUAACUCGAUUUUUUUUUUGAUUUUUUAUUUCUGUGACUAUAGUUAUAACAAAAACUAUUACCGCCCGGCCGCCUUUUUUAUUCGCGUUUCGACAUCUGAGUUAAUGCGUUUUUGUUUUUAAAAAACGUCCGAUGAGACGGAAAACGAUGCGCUGCGACUGAGACGAUCAACACGUAUACACCGCCUACCGGAUCGUAAAAAUGAAGAAACCCAUCGUCGUCGUCAGCGGUGUACGAUCGCGAUGUGGUCGUCGUCCCGGAUCGGCCGUCAAGUGGCUUCCGCGUUCGUAUGCGGCCGUCACGCGCACCCGCUUCACCGGCAGAACCUCCGGCCCCGGCACCCGGAACACCAGCUCCAACACCAACAACAACACCAACACCAACACCUACACCUACAGCAUCACCGACGGUGGUAUUCAUCGGCGGCGGACGAACCGGUGGCCGCGCCGCUGCGGAGCACCAAGAAGAAAUCCGACCGGGCGCCGCCCAAGCACCUGGUGGACGUGAAGACGGUCCGCGCGAUCGGCGGCCGAGGCGGCGACGGGCGCGUGUCGUUCAUGAAGCUGUUCGGCAACGAGAACGCUGGCCCGGACGGCGGCGACGGCGGCAACGGUGGCCACGUAGUGUUCCGGGCGUCCGAGAGCGUGUCCGGGCUGGGGCACGUGGCCGUCGAGCUUAGGGCGUCAGCCGGCGAGCGGGGCUACAACAAAGACUGUCACGGCAAGUGCGCCCAACACGAGUACGUGGACGUGCCCGUGGGCACGGUGAUCAAGGACUGCGACGGUCGCGUGGUAGGCGACCUGUGCCGGCCGGGCGUCAUGUUCGUGGCGGCCAGGGGCGGGGCGGGCGGCCACGGUAACCGGUACUUCGCCACCGACACGGAACAGGCGCCCGAGGUGGCCGAGCUGGGCGGCGCGGGCGAGGCGCUCCGGUACACGUUGGAGCUGAGCAGCAUCGCCGAUUUCGGGCUGUUGGGGUUCCCCAACGCGGGCAAGAGCACGCUGCUCCGGGCCAUCACGCGGGCCCGGCCCAAGGUGGCCCCGUACCCGUUCACCACGCUCCAGCCGCACGUCGGCGUGAUCCAGUACGACGACCAGGAGUCGGUGGCCGUGGCCGACCUACCGGGGCUCAUCGAGGACUCGCACCGCGACCGCGGCCUGGGCAUAUCGUUCCUAAGGCACGUGCAGCGGUGCACAGCGCUGCUGCUGGUCGUCGACCUGUCCGCGCCCGAGCCGUGGACGUACGUGGACGUGCUCCGGCACGAGGUCCGAUGCUUCUCGGCCCCGGUGCUCGACCGGCCGCAGCUGAUCGUCGCCAACAAGGUGGACGUGGACGGUGCCCGCGACAACCUGGCCGAGCUCAGGCGCCGUCUGCCCGACGACGAGAUCGUCGACAUAUCCGCCAAGCACGGCAUCAACUUGGAACGCCUGUUGAAGCAUAUGAAGCGUGUGUACGACAGACGGCGUAAAUCUGCAGAAGAGGACGCCGCCGCCGCCGCUGGCUUUGACUAGGCUCUAGUGGUAGAACGGCAUCGUCGCGUAGUCGUAAUGUCGUAUGAUUAUUAUUAUACUUUGUGUAGGUCGUGAUCGAUAAAAUGAUUUUUGUGUUCUGUAUUAUGUUUUUAUUAUU